AUGAAUACCUCUGUUCUCUUCGUCUUUCUCUGCCUUAUUCCUCUCUCACAAUCUGCUGGAUUUCUCAAUUUCAAAUUGACUGCCGAUCGAGAUUGUCUUCUUCAUUUGGAGUAUUUCUCAUCUGAAUAUUCUGAAACUGUACGUCUUCUGGCAUAUGAAACUCGUUCAUUACACAUCUAUUUCCCUUCAAUCAAUCCUCCACAAAUCUCAAUUGACUUCCAAAUUCUUCAUCAUUUCUCUGGUGAUUCUCUUUCCCAAGUCAUUUCUCAACAAUUCAAAUUGGAUAAUAAUGGACAAUGGCAAUCACGAGUUAUCGAUUCGGACUCUGUUAUUCUUUCGAUUCAAUCCACGUUUGAUUGUGAAAAUGGAUAUUUUGGACCGAUUUGUGAACGACGUUCUCGACUCGUUCCAAUUGUUACUUCAACUUCAACAGCGAUUACACCAUUCAACCAUUCAAUCAACACUCAAAUUAAGAAAGUCGGCGUAAGUGAUAGUUCAAUUGUCUACUUGAUCCUCGCUGUUCUCAUGUUCAUCCUCGUCGUUGUCAAUUGUAUUCUCUGCUUCUGUCGGCCGAAACAAACCUCCAAGUAUAUCGAUGAAACACCACUUGAAGUCUAUUCCAUUAUUGAAACCACUCGAUCCACGGACGUUACAAACACUACGAGAUAUCAUGAUGCUCCGAGCAGAUUCAUCUCAUCGACAACAAUAGAAUGUAUUGUUUAA